UCGCUUUUACACAGCUGAUUGUCGUCGCCAUCUUCGGCGUCAAACGUAAACACAGGAGCUCUUCAGCCGAAUAACUGGGAACACACACGUCUGAAAAACAAACAAACACGCAGGAAAAAGAGGACAGAAACUGACCUUUUUUAAGACCCUCUCAGCACACGUACGCUGAAGCUCUUUACAGGCUUCGUGAACGUUUUUCCGACUGACGGUCUCCAAAAUGAGCCCUAAGUGCGCCUCAUAAACAGCACAAACAGGGAUGGGAGCGCUCGGGGGAUCUGCGUGUGCAGACUGAGGCAGAGCCGGAGCCGGAGCGGUGGCUUCAGGGGGAAAUGGACCAGGACUAUGAGAGACGCCUCCUCAGGCAGAUCAAUCACCAGAACGUGCCCGAGGGCCAGCUGACCAAGUCAGGAUACGCCACAUGCAGUCCAGUCAGCGUUAAAUCGGGGGACCGGUUCAUACCCACUCGCGCGGGGAGCAACUGGAGCAUCAACUUCCACUACGCCAACGAGAACUGCUGGUCGCCCAACCAGAAUCAAAGGUCAAAGGAUGCGAGUGCGGACAGUGGAAAGGACGCAGUGGCCUACGCCGCUCUGCUGCGGAACGAGCUGCUGGGGGCGGGAAUCGAGACGGUUCCUGAUCCUCACACAGACGACCGGCGACAGGCCGUCCUCAACCAGGACACACACAGCCUCUUCAGGUACACAAUCCACACAAAGCGAGUGCCUUUCGACAGCGGCAAUGAAAUCUCCCCUUACUCCCUCUCGCCUCUCAGCAACAAAAGUCACAAGCUGUUGCGCUCGCCGCGAAAGCCAGCACGAAAAAUCUCCAAAAUUCCCUUCAAGGUCCUGGACGCUCCAGAGCUGCAGGACGACUUCUACCUUAACCUGGUGGACUGGUCUGCCGGAAACCUCCUGAGUGUUGGUCUGGGGGCCUGUGUUUACCUGUGGAGCGCCUGUACCAGCCAGGUGACGAGGUUAUGCGAUUUGUCAGUGGAUGGAGACUCUGUGACGUCAGUCUGCUGGAACGAGCGGGGAAGCUUGGUUGCUGUAGGAACCCAUAAAGGCUUCGUGCAGAUUUGGGACGCAGCCGGAGGGAGGAAGUUAACCAGCUUGGAAGGGCACUCGGCCCGUGUUGGGGCGCUGGCGUGGAACGGCGAGCAGCUGUCCUCAGGCAGUCGGGACAGGGUGAUCCUGCAGCGGGAUGUGCGCACCCCUCCGCCCGUGGAGAGGAAGCUGCAGGGCCACAGGCAGGAAGUGUGCGGGCUAAAGUGGUCUCCGGACCACCAGCACCUCGCCUCCGGAGGAAACGACAACAAACUGCUGGUGUGGAACAGCUCCAGCCUGCAGCCCGUGCAGCAGUACAGCGAGCACCUGGCGGCGGUGAAGGCCAUCGCCUGGUCGCCUCACCAGCACGGCCUGCUGGCGUCCGGCGGAGGGACGGCCGACCGCUGUCUGCGCUUCUGGAACACUCUCACAGGACAGGCCCUGCAGAGCACGGACACGGGCUCACAGGUCUGCAACCUGGCCUGGUCCAAACACGCCAACGAACUGGUCAGCACACACGGCUACUCACAGAACCAGAUCCUGGUGUGGAAAUACCCCUCGCUCACACAGGUGGCCAAGCUGACUGGACACUCCUACCGCGUGCUCUAUCUGGCUGUGUCCCCAGACGGCGAGGCCAUAGUGACGGGAGCAGGAGACGAAACGCUGAGGUUCUGGAACGUCUUCAGCAAAACGCGCUGCACCAAGGAAUCCAAGUCAGUGUUGAACCUGUUCACAAGGAUACGGUAAUGAAAGUGGACAGUGGAGGCCAGGGCUGUGUCCGUUCAGCACAUCACACAACACGUCCAGACCUUCUACAGAGAGAGAUUUCAACAUUUCUUUUCUGUUUCUCUAUUUUUUUCUACUGAGGAUGAUUUUGUCUCCCCACACCUCCUAAAGCAGCGUCCUCCCCUCAUUAAACACCCCCCACCAGUGAGCCCCUGUUUUUAUGUCUGUGUCUUCUGUCUCUAUUACUGUACGAUGUGGACGACCAAACGGACGCGGUGUCCUGUAAGAUAAGCUGAGAGAAACGGUCUGAACUACAUGCCUGUUGUGAUGGUCUACACUCACGAGGCUGUUGCACAACAACCCGUUCUGAUAUUUUCAGUAUUUUAUAUGUGCAUAUGAAAAUAAGAUCAUGUUAUCUGACAGAUAACCGUAUAAAAUAAACACACUACUGCAGUAACGCUGUCAGUAGUUUAUGAGAAUCGUUUAUUGAA